UACGUACAAGAAAUGAAUUCAUCCAGAAGGGAGACUGUGAGGAAGACGAAGAGGAAGAUGAUACACAAGAUACUGCAGAAGCAGAGACCUCUCAGAAUUAUAUAAAGCCCACCCUGGAACAACUUUUGGAAUCUCUCAAUACUGCCACAGAUCCCAAUGGCAGAGUAAUCAGUGAUCUCUUUCAGAAAGUCCAUCUAAAAUGCAUUAUCCAGACUACUAUGCAAUAAUUAAGGAACCCAUAGAUCUGAAGAUGAUAUCCCAGAGGAUACAGUCUGGUUAUUAUAAAAGUGUUAAUGCCAUGGCGAAAGACAUUGAUCUGCUGGCAAAGAAUGCUAAAACCUACAAUGAACCAGGUUCGCAGGUGUUUAAGGAUGCAAAUAACAUAAAGAAACUUUUUGCCAUAAAGAAGUCAGAAAUUGAUUAUACAGAAUCUUCCAAGUCAAGUUUGCGUAGCAGGAACAAGCGACCUGCACAGGGGGAUAGACUGUCUGCUAUCACAAUGGCACUGCAGUAUGGCUCAGAGAGUGAGGAAGAUGCAAGUCUAAAUGGUAAGCUUUCUGUGGAGGGAUCCACAUCGUAUCUUAUAUUUUCAGUACCAGAUUUGCUGUUAAAGCUGUGCCAGUCAUAGUAUAACCUGACCUAAAUUUAGGAUUAUUCCCAUAAGUUUCCACUCAUAAAUUCAUCAAUCGCAACAGGGGGGAUUAAAUAUCUCACUU